AUGCCCGAUCACUCACCAAUUGCUGUUGUAGGCCUCUCCUAUCGAGCCCCUGGGGUCGGAAGGAAGGGCCUAUGGGAAUAUCUCUCAGAAGCCAGAUCAGCUUGGUCAAAAGUACCAGCCGAUCGAUUUGACUACGAUGCAUUUUAUCACCCAGACAGCAACAAAGCUGGCUGUAUCGCAGCGGCCGGAGGCCACUUCUUGCCUGAAGACGUCUACAGUUAUGAUGCUCCGUUCUUCAACCUCAGACCCGAAGAGGCUCGAGCUGUCGAUCCCCACCAUCGUAUGCUGCUCGAAUGCGCCCUGGAGGCAGCUGAGAGCGCAGGUGUCAGCUUGACCGAUCUUGCGGGAUCCAACACCGGCGUAUUCUCGGCUAUUGGCUCGCCGGAACAUGGUCAUAUGCUAGGUGAGGAUAUGCCAGCUUCUUCGACAUGGACUUGCGCGGGAGGAGCUCCUUGUAUGUUCGCUAAUCGACUGUCAUACUUCUUUGACCUGUCUGGACCGAGUAUUGCUCUUGAUGCGGCUUGUGCAAGCAGUACCUAUGCUGUGCACAUGGCAUGCCAGAGUCUACAAGCAGGAGAAUGUGACUCCGCCUUUGCUGGAGGCGCUGCUUUGCUGCUCGGCCCUGGUCAAUGGAGCUUUCUUGAUACGAUGGGGGCGCUGUCGCCAGAAGGCAAGUCCUUCUCAUAUGAUGUCAAAGGCUCCGGUUUCGGUCGCGGAGAGGGAGGAGCAUGCGUUCUGUUGAAACGUCUCGACGAUGCCAUUGAAGCAGGUGACCCGAUCCACGCUAUCAUUCGAAACUCAGCUUGCAAUCAUGGUGGCCGCUCGGAUGGCAUUACCAUGCCGAGAAGGUCCGCACAGGAAACGCUACUCAGACGAGUUCACCGAGAAGUUGGGUUAAACCCCAACGAGACCCCGGGCCACGGAACCGGCACGAAAGUCGGCGAUCCGAUCGAGGCAGGAUCAUUCACUACAGUACUUGCUGCCGAGAGGACCUCGGAAAACCCUUUACACAUCGGAUCUCUUAAGUCAAACUUCGGCCAUCUUGAAGGCGCCAGUGGUAUUCUAGGAAUGGUCAAGGCCAUCCUGAUGCUUCAAAAUGGCUACGUCUUGCCCAACGCGAAUUUCGAGAAGCUCAAUGAGAGCAUUGAGAAGAGGGAGCUUCUUCGGGUUCCUCCUAACAAGAUACCAUGGCCACCAAAUGAGCCAAGACGUGUCUGCGUGACCAACUUUGGCUUCGGUGGAAGUAACUCGGCCAUCAUCCUCGAGCGAUGGCCUACCGCCAAUCCUAGCACUAAUGGCGUCGGUCACGUCAACGGUUCAGCCACCAAUGGAAACGGUGUGCAGAAUGGUCAUUGCCAGGCUCUCACCAAGAGAAUAUUUGUCCUCUCGGCCAAGUCUGAGAGUAGCCUCACCACCUACCUAUCAAGCUUCAAAGAAUUUCUCGACAAAGAGGAAGCCCAGAGAGACUCUGAUGUCAUGUUCAUGAAGGACCUUGCCUACACGCUUGGGCAACGGCGCUCACAUCACUCAUACCGGGUCGCUAUCGCUGCAAAUUCGAUCCCUGAUCUCAAGAGUCAACUUGAGACAGCGAGGCCGAAGAAGGUCAAAGAUCGUGCAGUGGCAUUCGUGUUCACUGGACAAGGCGCACAGCACGCUCAAAUGGCCACGGGUCUGGAACAUUUCAAGGUAUUCGCCGAUGCUAUCAACGAGGCUGAAUCGAUCUUGGAGAAGCUAGGGGCCAAUUGGUCACUGAAAGAGGAGCUUUCUCGACCAGCGCCCGUGACUCGAGUAAAUGAGGCGGAAAUCAGUCAACCAGCAUGUACUGCGGUACAGGUUGCGCUCACACUCUUACUCAAGUCUUGGGGAAUUGAGCCAGCCAUGGUUACAGGACACUCUAGUGGCGAGAUCGGGGCUGCUUUUGCAGCAGGUCUCAUCUCUUUUGAGCAAGCCAUUGCCCUUGCUUACUUCCGUGGACUAGCAACAGUCGGGCUGGCCCGCAAAGGACAGAGAGGCGCCAUGUUAGCGCUUGGUGUUGGCGUUGAAAUGGCUUCUGAGCUCUUGGAGAAGAUCACUAAGGGCUACGCGACCGUAGCUGCAAUCAACAGCCCUUCAAGUGUCACUGUAUCUGGUGACGUUUCAGCAAUUGACGAAGUUCUCGAAGUAGCCACUUCGGAAGGCAUCUUCGCGCGUAAGCUCAAGGUUGAAAUGGCCUAUCAUUCAAGACAUAUGGAACAAGUGGCCGGAUUCUACAGAACGUCUAUCGAUCCGUACUGCUCAAAUGAGACAGUAACUCGCAAUACUAGCAGCCCGGAAUUUGUAUCGUCAUCUACCAGCACAUUCAAAACAACUGAUACCUUAUCUGCUGAUUAUUGGGUUCAAAACCUUGUCAAACCGGUCCGCUUUGCUGACGCUGUUACGAAGAUCGUCUCAAAACAACCCGAUGUAGUCAAGACGCCCAAUGUCAUUGUCGAGAUUGGCCCGCAUCCAGCUUUGAAGAAUCCAGUCAAGCAAAUUGUUGAUCUAAUUCGAGAACAGCAGUCUGGUGACCAGGGACGUCGCCACGCUGGCCAAUUCACCUACUUGGCCUCUUUGGAGCGAGGAACGGGAAGUGAAGAUGCGCUAUUCGGCCUUGCCCAGUACCUCUUUUGCCUGGGUGUACCGCUUAGCCUUGAGGCUAUCAACCAGACUAAUCGACAAAACUCGCACAUUAUUUCAGACCUCCCCGCAUAUGCGUGGGAUAGGUCAGUACGAUAUAUGCUGUCGUCGCGCAUCACGGGAGCCAAGCUGCACCCCGGCCAGCCAUACCAUCCUAUGCUGGGAUGGAAAAGCCCUUAUGCAGAAGGACCAGAAAUGGUCUUUCGACAGGUAUUCACUCUGGACGAGAUGCCUUGGAUCCGUGAGCAUGCUGUUGGUGGAAUAGUUGUCUUUCCCAUGACGGGGUACUUAUCUUUAGCUUUGGAAGGGCUGAGACGAGUUGCUACAGGCACUGUUUCCAGUCUUGUAGUACACGAGUUCCACGCCAAGCGCAGCCUGGAGAUCCAGGAGGAUGAACGUGUCGACAUCACCACCAAGAUUAGACCAGCAGCCACGGGAACAGAGAUGUUCUCUUCCAGCCUGUGGGUGUUUGAGAUUCUCAGCUGGAAUCAAGAUCAUGGGUGGACAGCUCAUGCUCACGGACGCGUUGAGGCAGAAGCCAACGAGCCCACUAUUAACACACCAACUUUCAAAUCGUCAUUGUCGCUCAUUGGCAGUAGAGAGCUGAAGGAGCGCGACCCGGAACUUGAGUAUACCUCUGACCACAAAGAGGGCACUACGUAUGGCCCAACCUUCAAAAGGAUGAAGAGGUUCUGGUCAGCACCUGGAUUCACGGUCAUGGAAUCAGAGGUUCGCGAUCUAGGCUCGGAAUUCCCCUCCCCAUAUGGUUCCCCGAUCUCAGUUGACACUCCAACCCUGGACAGCUUCCUCCAAGGCCUAGGUCCUCUGCUAGAAGAGUAUGGUGAGAAGCCGGCCAUGAUGCCCAACUACGUCAGUCGGCUUCGGAUCUUGAACAAUAUUCCUACUGAAGCAAACUUGCGUUUGACUACUGUCACUCGCCGUCUCGACUAUGAUCUCAAGGCCGGACUUAUGCGCAUCAGCGUCGGUGUCUUUGACACUAAGACCCUGUCUCCUGUUGUUGAAUUUGAAUCGGUCUCGCUCCGAGUUGUCGCAUCAGUCUCUUCUAGUAACCCGACCUCUAGCCUACCUUCCAGUUACUACUGGGACCUGAUCCCCAGCCUAAACACCUUGGCCAAUAAUCAGAUGCUGGCGGACUUCUUGGAAGUUGAUACAGUCGCUGAGAGUGAGCGGGAACGAGUUCGCUUAUUGAACAAGGCUGGCCUGUACUUCAUGGGAAAAGCCUUGCAAGAGACGGCGGAAGAUACGAACGAGCUCCCUCCACAUCUGGCUCGCUUCAAGGUUUGGGCUGCAGCCUGUAUCAAGGAGGCUGAAGAGAAAGGCAAUGGGGAGAAUCAAGAUAUAGCCACUCUCGUUGAAAACGUCUCAACUUCAGGUGGUCAAGGAGAGAUGGUUUGCGCUGUUGGAAGCCGCCUUACCGAUAUCCUGCGUGGGAAUGUCCAGGCUCUCGAGAUUAUGCUUCACAACAACCGUCUCUCACGCUACUAUGAUGAUGAUUUCACCAAUGUACGGUUGAGUCAUAUUCUAGCCAGAUGGGUGCGCCACGAAUGCGAUGUCAAGUCCAAUUUACGUGUUCUUGAAAUCGGCGCAGGUACAGGAAGUGCCACACUUCCGGUAUUCAACGCCAUCUCUCGUGGCAUCGAUAGGCUUCUCGAUAACUUCAGUUAUACCUAUACCGAUAUUUCGUCCGGUUUCUUUCAAGCAGCCCGCGAGAAGCUUGAUAAGUGGUCCAAGUUCAUCACAUACAAGAAGCUCGACAUCAGCCAAGACCCAACUCAACAGGGCUUUUCUUUGGAAGACUACGAUCUGGUGAUCGCCUCCAAUGUCCUUCAUGCAACACCUAACAUGACCAAAACUAUCGAUCAUGUGCGAUCCCUCCUCAAGCCAAACGGAAGACUCGUAGUUCUAGAAGCGGGUCUCCACGCGCCGCUUGUUCUCCCGUUUGCGCUGCUGCCAGGUUGGUGGCUCGCUGAGGAUGAGUACCGCUCGCUUGAACAAGGACCACUACUUUCCCGAGACAAGUGGAGCCAGCUGUUCUCCGAUCGUGGGUUCUCGGGCUUAGAUGGGGUAGUGGAGGGCUAUCCGGGCGAUCCUGAAAACAUUCUGAGUAUCCUGACGACCACACGAGUCAGUUUCGCUGAUGCUGGAGACAAUUCUACACCGAUCACCAUUUGUGGACCCAUGGAAGACGACGAUGAAGUAGAAUACGCCCAAUUGAUCUCGGGUGUCUUAGCCGAGGCGGGCUACGAGACUGAGGUCAAGCCUUUUGCGGAGGUCGAGCCGACAGAAGAGCAAUACCUCUUGGUCAUCGAUUCGGCCGAGAACAGCAUCUUCAAAGAUGUCUCGGACGCAACAUUCACCUUGUUACGAGAUACCUUCCUACAGGUCAAGGGUCUGCUUUGGGUCAUCCCCGAGAGCCAUACACCUGACUGUGAUACGGUAAAGGGAAUGCUACGCACGGUACGGCUUGAGCAGGGUUCCAGAAACAUCCUCAUGCUUGAGGAUCUUCCCUGCAACGAGCACGGACUGUCAGCUAUCAUGAAACUUGUGAAAAAGCUUUACGAUCCGGAGUAUAUCAAGUCGCCUGACCACGACUUCAUUUGGGGUGACGGUUUUCUGAGGCUACCGCGGUAUCGUCCGCUGCAUGAAGCAAAAGACACUUUCGCUUCAGAGGCGGGUGUUGUUAUUCGCAAGGAGCAGGACAUUUGGCAGGAAGAUGUGUCAUUCGAGAUGACUGUCGAUGCUGCCGGAAGUCCUGACUCGAUCUCCUUCAAGCGAACAAACACUCUUGAAAAUCCAUUAGCCGACGACGAUAUUCUUGUUCAGGUCGAAGCCUCAGGUGUUAACUUCCGUGAUGUCCUUUUGGUGCUUGGCUCCAUUCCAUGGACAACACCGGGUUUCGAGGGUGCUGGCACUGUACUCCAGACUGGCUCUGCUGUAAGCGACUUUCAAGCUGGCGACAAGGUCUUCUUUGGCGCUCUCCAUGGAGGCAGCUUCACCACUCACAUGAAGAUGCCAUCAUGGCACGCGACCAAGAUACCCGAAGGUCUCAGCGUAGCCGAGUCUGCUAGUAUCUCUGUUGCCUAUUCGACGGCUAUCAUGUCAGUUCUGCGUAUCGGUCGACUGCAGCAGGGUGAAAAUGUGCUGAUUCACGCCGCUUCGGGUGCUGUCGGUCAAGCAUGCAUUGUCCUUGCUCGCCAUAUCGGCGCAGAAGUGUUUGUUACUGCUGGCUCUACAGCCAAGAGGAAAUUUCUGCGCGACGAGUUCAACAUCGCCGAGGACCACAUUUACUCGAGUCGGACCCCCGAGUUCCGCGACGGAAUACUGUCCGUCACGGAGGGAAGAGGUAUCGACCUUGUCAUCAACUCACUCAGCGGUAACCUUCUUCAGCAGACAUGGGCGGUUGUUGCAGACUUUGGACGCUUUGUUGAGAUCGGCAAGCGAGACUUUUUACAAAACAGCUUCCUGCCCAUGAGACCAUUUGACAACAAUAUCACAUUCACUGGCGUCGAUCUUCGCAAGAUGUUCCUGAACAGACCUCAAGAACACAAGCGGUGUUUGGCAGACAUGGCUGACCUGAUUGAGCGCAAGGUUGUCGUACCUAUCCGACCAGUAACAUCCAUCCCCGUCUCACAGAUCGGAACGGCUAUGCGUAAGCUCCAGUCCGGACAGAAUAUCGGCAAAAUUGUUAUAACCAUGAACCAUGGCGAGCGUGUUAAAGCUGAAGUGGCUAAGCCCUUGAUCGGUUCGUCUUCAAAGAGCCUACUUCGCUCCGACAAGACAUACAUCAUCACUGGAGGCACGGGUGGUAUUGGUCUUUCCCUUGGGCCAUGGAUGGUUGAACAUGGAGCGAGGAAUGUUAUCUUGCUCGGCCGAAGUGGUUCUAGUCGUCCUGAUGUUCAAAAGGUGCUGCAGCAGUACAGUGACUCUGAUGUGACUAUCAGAGCAUUGGCUUGCGAUGUUGGUUGUCGAGAAGAUGUCAUCAGCGUUGUCGAAUCGAUCAAGGACCUUCCUCCUGUUGGUGGAGUCAUUCAUGGUGCUUUGUUCUUAAAGGACAAGCUACUCAGCAACACUUCAUACCAGGACUGGCUGAACAUUGUUCUGCCGCGAAUCAGGGGAGCUUGGAAUCUCCAUGAGCUGCUACCCGACAACUUGGAAUUCUUUAUCGCCCUCUCAUCUUUCAUCUCGGGAAGCGGAAACAUUGGCCAGUCUGUAUACUCAGGCACUGCUUCCUUCUAUGACUCUUUCGCGGAGUACCGCACAUCCCUGGGCCAGCCAACGGUAUCGGUCGCUCUUCCCGUAGUUCUCGACGUCGGCUAUGUCGCAGAUCGUGAUAUGGAAGGCAAACUCACGAGCUCGCUGGGUGCAGUCUUAUCCCUGAAACACUUGCGAACGGUCAUCAAAGGCGGUAUCAUGGGUCCAAGCUCUGGCCUAUAUCGGGAUGGCAAAGCUAUUUCUUUCAGCUACGCCCGGGGAGAUGACAGUAGUACGCUUCCAUGGCAAGCUUUCCAUCCACGAGCCCUUGUCGACUACAUCAGAGCAGAGACAAGAGCUGAUGGUAUUGCUGAAGAAGGAAAUACCAGCAACUCUAAGAGUAAGGGAUUCAAGGUCACGGAUGGUGGCGACCCACUUACUGGCCUUCUCGCGGUGUUGAUGGACAAGGUCUCCUCCAUCACCAUGAUUGAAAGAGAUGAGAUUGAGGCCGAUGCACCACUAUCUAACUACAGUCUAGACUCGCUUGUGUCAGUUGAGCUGCGGAACUGGAUCCGACGAGAGACUUCUGUCGAACUGCCUCCUUCCAAGAUCGCCAAUACCGCAAAUUUGCGGGCUUUGGCAACGUUCAUUCUAAGUCAGAUGGAACCGGGACCUAAGAGAAAAUAA